AUGAAAGAUGACGCUUGGAGAAAUCGCUACGUUAUAGCACAUAAACACUUGACUAAAAAUCUACACAGCGUCAACCCUUGUAUUGCACAGGUGCUGCAAAUCUGGUGGAAACAAUUCAAUGAUUUAAGACUGAUUAGUAUGAAAGACAUAAUGACAACGAAUGAAGCAUAUGAGUUGCAAGACUUCUGUUUUGUGUGUAAAAGGCACAUAGAAGCGGCUGGUAAUGUACUCACACACCAGUGGAUCCCAACUAUUCAGGCUGUUUUUCUUCAGGGCAGCAAAAAGAGAUUAAUCCCAGAACCGAAGCAGGCAGUUAAAAUGAAGCAUUUUUAUAACUGUUUGGCCUGCAUCAUGACUUAUAAUCUUCAAACUUUGUGUUUGAAAUCUAUGAAGGAGUUUACUGACUAUGUUAUGGAUGUUGGUGGCAAUAACCAAGGUUUCAUUAUAAAUCUAGGAUUUCAAAACGAGGCCAUUGAGUUUGACCCUACUUUUCGACAGUUUAAAGAUCAGUUGUGUCUUUUGUACGACUAUUUGAUAGAUGCAUGUCGACAGUCUCCUCGCUUGGAGACUAUACUCUAUCAGGACUACACGGAAGCUACAAGAGCUACACUAAAGGUAUACAUAAACAUAUUUUUUUGUAAACAAAGCACAUCUACUAAACAAUCUUUCGUUUCUCUAAUGAGUGGAUUGUUAUUCUUGAUGAAGGUUUGA